ACCUAUGGACGCAUAAAGAUUUUUAUGGGAUUCUUCGGGAUUUUAAAACGACCUUGUAAGGAUAUUUUUGGUGAUCGGAGGCUAUCCCGGUUGAUCUUUCACUAUCUGCUAGCUUUUUGGUUUAAAUUUUUAUUAAAUUCGGAAACUCCUGGCAAGGGUUAUUACGAGACAAGGGUUAUUUACGAGAAUCGAUAGUAAAUUACGAGAAUUUAUUAUCGAACUAUUCAUAUAAAAUUAUCCUUAAAUUUACACCAAAAAUUAGCUAAAUUCCCCAACAACACCAAAAAACCUUAUAAAAUAAUAACAAUUAUAGUUUUUGUUUUCCUUAUUUUCAUUUUUCCCAGGCUAUUUAUUCGCCUAUUUUAUUACAUUUAUUCAUAUUUAAAAAAUACUUUUUAGGGGUGUUUUAUUAGUUAUCCGUAUCAAAUUCGAAAUGCGCCUUCGUCUUCGACAAAACAAACCUUUACACGAAUAUUUUGAUAAAAUUGUUGAACAAAUGCCUAACAAAGAAUGCCUGGUAGAAGUUGAAAGUGGAAGGAAAAUGACUUUUUUGGAAUUUGAUCAACAUUCUAAUAAAUUUGCAAAUUUUUUUCAGGUUUUUUUGAAUUUUUUGAAUAUUAAUUUUUGACUUGUUUUUUGGGGGUUCCAAUGUUAAAAUCCUUUCAAUAAAUUUCCUAACUUGAUUUU